AUGUUCAAUCUGCUUAGUUCCGGCGUACAGGAUACGCCCGUUGCGACUAGAGGCGGGGGGUCCGGUGGCUGUGGCGGUGGCGGAUCGGGCUAUGUCGGCGGCGGAGGUGGCUCGGGCAGCGGCGUUGGGUUCGCGACUGGCAGAGCUUCCAGCGGCUCACUUCCAGCCGGACGGCAAAAGGCCACGCACUACACCAAGGAGGAGUCUGUUGUUGUGGCGAUGGCGUGGGAUGCCGCCACAUCCGACCCCAUAGUGGGCACCGAUCAGAACGCGUUGAGCUUUUGGAAGCGCAUCGUAGCGGCGUACAACGAGUUCAAACCUCGCGGUGCCAAAUCGCGUGACGCGGAACAGCUCCACAAGAAGUGGUCUAGGAUUCUGCCGCCCACCCAGCGGUUCGCGGGCAUAUACCAGAACAACCUGCUCCAUGCGGAGAGUGGCCGAAGCGAGGCUGACGUGAAAACACUUUCGAUGAGCCAAUACAACGCGCUGGGCUAUCCCAAGUUCACAAUGUGGGAGGAGUAUCUAGUUCUCGAGGACUGCCCGAAAUUUAGUUGA